AAUUUUAUACCGCCGUUAAUGUUAACUUCCUGUAGUACUACACGUGCAUAAUUUGCUGUGCUAAUAUAGUGUUUUAAUUUUUAAUUUCUAUGAGCUAUGUUUUUGUAAUAUUUUAGCUAAUAAUUCAUCUCAAUUCGCUUAUAUUAUUGCAAGUAUGGUAAAGGAACAGUACAGAGAUACGGAUGGAUCACGAAUUAUAUCCAAAAUAAGCUUUACUGUUGAUAAUCCUCAAGAUAUUCAAAGAAAAUCCCAUAUUUGCAUAAAUACUAGAAACUUAUAUGCUAUAAAUAAUAACAGUACCACUAGAACACCGCAUCCUUAUGGAGUACUUGAUCACAAACUGGGUGUCAAUCAAAAAGACGCAACAUGUCAAACAUGUAACAAAGGAUUAAAUGACUGUCCUGGACAUUUAGGAUUUAUCGAUUUGCAAUUACCAGUUUUUCAUGUUGGUUUCUUUAGUUCAGUAAUAACUAUUUUGCAGACAAUAUGCAAAAAUCCAUUUUGUGCCAAAGUUCUUCUUAGUGAAGAAGAUCGAAUGUUCUUUUACACCAAGUUACGAAAUAAAAAUUUAACAUAUACAAUGCGAAAAAAAGUAUUUAAAGAAGUACACGCUAAAGCAAAAAAAGUUCAAAUAUGUCCAUUUUGUAAUGAAAUUGUUGGUCAGGUUAAAAAAAGUGGCAUUUUAAAAAUUUCUUAUGAUCGAUAUAGAUAUAAGAAACCUGGCUCUGAAGCAGAAUCUAAAUUAUGCGCUCUGAAUGAUGUAAUAAAAUUUAAUAAAGAAGUAGAGUCUAUGAGAAAUUAUUUGUUUAAUGAAAACCUAAAUCCUCAAGAAGUUUUACGUUUAUUAUUAUCUAUACCCUAUGAAGAUGUUAUUUUACUAGGCAUGAAUCCUGAGCUAUCUAAUCCUGGUUGGUUGCUCAUGACUAGAAUGCUUGUGCCACCUAAUUGUAUACGCCCAUCAGCAGUAUCUGAUAUUAGAUCUGGAACAAAUGAAGAUGAUCUAACACUAAAAUUAUCUGAAGUAUUGUUUAUAAAUGAUGUGAUAGUUAAACAUAAGCAGUCUGGGGCAAAACCACAACUAUUACAUGAAGAUUGGGAAUACCUACAAUUACAUUGUGCUUUAUACAUAAAUAGUGAUUUAUCAGGAAUUUCUCGAACUAUGAUGCCAAAAAAAAUUGCACGAGGUUGUGUGCAACGUCUAAAAGGUAAACAUGGACGAUUUCGUGGAAAUUUAUCGGGUAAAAGAGUUGAUUUUACAGCUCGUUCUGUAAUUUCUCCUGAUCCAAAUCUUAGAAUAGAAGAGGUAGGUGUUCCUGUUCGUAUGGCAAAAAUAUUAACAUACCCUCAAAAAGUAUGCCUAGCUAAUAUUGAACUAAUGAGAAAGCUAGUUAUGAAUGGACCAGAUAUACACCCAGGGGCUAAUUUUGUUGAACUUAAAGGGUCUAAGUUGAAGAAAUAUUUACGUUUUGGCAAUAGACCAGCAAUUGCUAAAGAAUUAAAAGUUGGUGAUAUUGUAGAGAGACAUUUAGCUGAUGGCGAUAUAGUAUUAUUUAAUCGACAACCUAGUCUACAUAGAUUGAGUAUUAUGUGUCAUCGAGCAAAAGUUCUUGAACACAACACCUUAAGAUUUAAUGAAUGUGUGUGUACUCCUUACAAUGCAGAUUUUGAUGGUGAUGAAAUGAACCUUCAUUUACCUCAAACUGAAGAAGCCAGAGCAGAAGCUGGAUUACUUAUGAUUAAUAAAUCUAAUUUAGUUACACCAAGAAAUGGUGAUAUUCUAAUUGCGGCUACUCAAGAUUUCAUUACUGGUGCUUAUUUAUUAACUCACAAAAAUACAUUUUUAAAUCAAAGAGACACUAGUAGACUUAUUGGAUGGCUUAUGUCAGGUGAUGAUGUGAAUAUUGAUAUUACUUUACCACCACCUACUAUAAUAAAACCUUAUAAACUUUGGACUGGUAAACAAAUAUUUAGUAUCAUUAUGCGUCCAAGUAGUAAGUGUCCAAUCAAAGCUAAUUUACAGUGUAAAGGAAAAUCAUACACUAAUAAUCAAGAGUUAUGUCAUAAAGAUUCUUAUGUUUUUAUAAGAAAUUCAGAAUUGCUUGCUGGUACCAUGGAUAAAGCUACCUUAGGCUCAGGCAGUAAAUCUAAUAUAUUCUACAUUUUGUUAGCUGAUUGGGGAUCAAAUGCAUGCUGUAAAGUAAUGUGGCGAUUAACACGCCUUACAUCUUAUUUUCUUAUGUUAAGAGGUUUUUCUAUUGGUAUUGGUGAUGUAACACCUAGCAAUGAUUUACUUCAAUCCAAAAAUGAACUUGUUAUAAAUGGAAAUGCACUUUGUGAGGAGAAUAUUCGCUUAAGAAAUGCUAAAGAACUGAAGUGUCAACCAGGAUGCAAUAUGGAUGAGACACUAGAAGCAAAUAUCUUGAAACAGUUAUCUGGUAUUCGAGAUUCAGUCGGUAAAGCUUGCUUACAAGAACUUCAUUCUACUAAUGGUCCAUUGAUAAUGGCCCUUUCUGGGUCUAAAGGAUCAAAUAUUAACAUUUCUCAAAUGAUUGCUUGUGUUGGUCAGCAAGCUUUAAGUGGCCAUCGAGUUCCUGAUGGUUUUGAGUCAAGAUCACUACCCCAUUUUAAACGAUUUUCUAAAACUCCAGAAGCGAAAGGUUUUGUCGAAAACAGUUUUUAUUCUGGCUUAACACCAACAGAGUUUUUCUUUCAUACUAUGGGUGGUCGUGAAGGUCUGGUAGAUACAGCUGUUAAAACUGCUGAAACGGGAUACAUGCAGCGGAGACUUGUUAAAUCUUUAGAAGAUCUAUGUGUUCACUAUGAUAAUACAGUACGAAAUGCUUUUGGAGAUGUUGUACAAUUUGAGUUUGGUGGUGAUUGUCUAGAUCCAACCUACACAGAGGGAGAUGGUGUUCCUGUUGACCUUAAACGAGUUUAUUCUAAUGUGAUAGCAAAUUAUCCAUGUUAUGAUGAAUGUACAUUAGAUUCUAAUGAUAUAUUAAAAAUAACCGAAGAUGUAUUGGCAUCUGAAGAUUUCAAAAACAUAAGAAAUGAAUUUGUUGAAGAGUUGAGAAAUUUUGGUAAAAGUUUAUCUGAAAAAAUGGUUGAAGUUAGAAAAAAAUGGCUUAAUCUAGAAAUUUCCAAAGUGCAGCGAAUAACUUCUACCCAGUUAAUAAAAUUUUAUUUAACAUGUCUUUCCAAAUUUAUGGUAGCAAUAAUUGAACCAGGAACUCCAGUAGGUGCAAUAGCAGCUCAAAGUAUUGGUGAACCUGGUACACAAAUGACAUUGAAAACUUUUCAUUUUGCUGGUGUUGCUUCAAUGAACAUAACACAAGGAGUCCCUAGGAUUAAAGAGAUUAUCAAUUCAAGUAAAAAUAUUAGUACCCCUAUUAUUACAGCUUAUUUGGAAAAUGAUAAAGACAAAGAGUUUGCUAGAAUUGUCAAAGGUCGCAUUGAACAAACUAAUUUGACAGAAGUUUGUAGCUAUGUGGAUGUAGUUCUUGAAAAUAGUGAAUGUUAUUUAUUAAUACAUGUUGAUAUGAACCGAAUUAAGCUUUUACAGCUUGAAGUAACUAUUGAAAGUAUCAGAGAUAGUAUUUUAUCAACUGCUCGUAUUGGAAUCAAAGCAAAUCAAGUAAACAUUGACAAUAACUCUUGUAUAAGUAUUUCAUUACCAACAAAAGGAGCUCAAACAAUUAGUGGUUGGAUAAAUGUGUAUAUGCAAAACUUACAAAAAGUCAUUAUAAAGGGUAUAAGUCAAGUAACACGAGCUGUUAUUCAUGAAGAAGAUGAAGGUGGUGAAAUUCGAUAUAAGCUUCUUGUAGAAGGUGAUAAUUUACGUGAAGUUAUGGCUACACCAGGUGUAAUUGGUAAAAAAUGUACUAGUAAUAAUACAUAUCAAGUAUGGAAUGCAUUAGGUAUUGAAGCAGCUAGAUCUACUAUUAUAUCUGAAAUUGACAGUGUAAUGGGAAAUCAUGGGAUAUCUAUUGAUCCUAGACAUCCAAUGCUCAUAGCUGAUCUUAUGACUAGUCGAGGUGAACUUUUAGGUAUUACAAGGUUCGGAUUGUCCAAGAUGAAAGAAUCUGUUUUAAAUCUUGCUUCUUUUGAAAAGACUUCAGAUCAUUUAUUUGACGCUGCUUAUUAUGGACAGACUGAUACAAUAAAUGGAGUAUCUGAAAGUAUCAUCAUGGGCAUUCCAGUAAAUCUUGGUACUGGGUUCUUUAAAUUGAUUUAUAAGACCAAGAAUAAUAACAAAGAUUUACCAAAACAAUCUUUCUUAUUUGAUGAUCCAGAACUACACGAAAAAGAAUGUUAUUGGCAAUAGUUUAAUUUCAUUAUUCAAAAUUUGUUUAACAAAUUCUUACUCUUAUUUUCAGUCUGUGAUAUUAAUUGUGUUUAUUUACUACAUUUGCUGUUUAGAAUAUGUUUUUUUAACUACUAAAAUACUUUUAACUAUUGAAAUCUGUAUUAUACUUUUUAAUUAAAAAUAAAGUGCUGGAUUGCAAAAUAUAUU